UGUGUAAAUAAAAGUAGUUCCGAAAUAUCACAACACUAUUUCUAUGACUAUCCUUAUUAAGAAAUCACUAAACAUGACGAAACUUGUUUACACAGAAGCACCCAAGCAAGAGAACAGCUGAUCGACAGGAUCGCCAGACUCAAACGUGACUGAAAACGGGGAUUUAAACUAACUUAUCUUCGUGCACUGCCAUAAUGAAUGCAUGUCGUUCGCAGGGAAACAUCAUCUUGGAUUGGAAACCCUCGUUGAUGGCGAAUCCUCUAUAAAAGAAAUAAAAUGCGCUGCAGUAAUGCAUAUCCAUUCAAGACGAAUCAGCGGCAAGAUCUAAUCAUAAAAAAACCAUUUUUCAAGUAACACUAAACUAUGUGGAUUUUCACACGCCACAUUCUUGCGGCUAUCACUGUUUUGGGAAUAACAGUGUCUUGUGUUGCUUCUUCAAUUGACGAGGUUCCUGCAAAUAUCAUGAUGUCAAACUUCCCUUACGGCAGAGGAGUGGACAAUGAUCUCCAGUUUGGAAGGAUACUUUUGCUACCUCAACGAAGUUGUCAUCUGAAACGUAACUCCGAGUUAAUUAACUCCUUACUAGGUUUACCAAAGAAUAUGAACAAUGCCGGAAAGAAAAAAUAAUAAAUAUCUUAUUUGUUUGUAAAGAUAAAGUAAAUAACAAAUCAUGCUUGUUUUGUUUUCAAUGUAAAAAUGGCACGAAAUGUCACAUCGCACGUUUCCGGUUCAUAAAAUAAAUCAAUCUCCAAU